AUGAGCCAAAAUCAAAAUUCAAUUAUUCCAGUGGAUACUCAAAUUGAUUCAAUAUUGGAGGAGAACGAACCACAAGUUACACCAACUGAAACCACUUCAUUACUUGAAAAUGCCGAGCCUUUCCGACGAUAUAGUCAUUUCCCCUCGAAUGAUAGUAAUAAGUUGGUUUUUGCUAUAAUACCAAGACACCCAAAAAGACCUUUUGUUAAUAGAAGACACACCUGGAACCCUUCACACAUUCGUAAACUUACAGCUCCUAUAACGCAUUAUAAAAGGCGAAGCGGCUUUUAUGAUGAAGAUAAACAUGAGUUAGUUCGUGAAGGUGGCGGAAUUCGUGUCUGGUAUGAUGAUUACACAACUAUUGAUUGGAUCCAUGAUUAUAUUAAGGAACGUGUCCGAGUUCGUAAAUUGUACUCUCGUAAAGGUUUCUCGGGAUGGGUUAUAAAAUCUUGGGACGGUUUACAAGGAUGGAUUUUGGUAUUUCUUAUUGGUGUUGUUGUUGCAUGUGUUGCUGGAAUAGUUGAUGUAACUGCCGAAUGGGGUUCAGAUUUAAAGGAUGGAUAUUGUUCAAAUGGUAUUACAUUGAAAAAACAUUUUUGCUGUGAAAAUCAAAAACUUGAAUCAUGUGCCGAAUGGGUUGAAUGGUCCAGUGCAUUUAAAAUGGAAGAUUCCAAAAAAAGCGCUUGGUUUAAUUAUUUUGCCUAUGUGUUUGUUGCUUUUUGUUUUGCAGUUGGAUCAGCCUUACUUGUGAAACACAAUUCACUUUAUGCAUCACCUUCUUCAAAACGUUCAAUAAGAUCAAACAAUAAUUCACAAAAAAGUAGACAACCUAAACCAUAUGCUUCUGGUAGUGGUAUACCUGAAGUUAAAACAAUUUUAAGUGGCUUUGUUAUUCGUGGAUUCCUUGGUAUAAGAACACUUUGGGUUAAAGCCAUUGCAUUGGCAAUGGCAGUAUCGUCUGGAAUGACUCUUGGAAAAGAAGGCCCAUUUGUUCAUAUAGCAUGUUGUGUUGGCAAUGUGAUAAGUAGAUUAUUCCAUAAAUAUAAUAAAAAUGAAGGGAAAAGAAGAGAAAUAUUAUCUGCAUCAGCUGCAGCUGGUGUAAGUGUAGCAUUUGCUGCACCAAUUGGUGGUGUAUUGUUUUCUUUGGAAGAAGUUAGUUAUUAUUUUCCAAGUAAAACUUUGUGUAGAAGUUUCUUUUGUGCAAUUGUAGCAGCCGUUUCUCUAAAGCUUAUAGAUCCAUUUGGCACUGGUAAAAUUGUAAUGUUUCAAGUAAAAUAUGAUAAAGACUGGCAUUUUUUUGAAAUUGGAUCAUUUCUAAUCCUUGGUAUAUUAGGUGGAUUAUUUGGAGCACUAUUAUGUAAAUGCAUUAUUUUAUACACUAAAUAUGUUAGAAAUGGCACCAGACUUAAACAAUGGCCAAUAAUAGAAGUAGCAAUGGUUGUUAUUCUCACUUCAUCUCUUAAUUAUUUAAAUCCUUUUACAAAGAUAUCAAAUACUGAUUUAGUGGCAAAUUUAUUUAGUGAAUGUUCAGAUAAAAAAGAUUCAUUAGGUCUUUGUGUAACCCCAGCUGGUAUAUUUAUACCUGCAUUAUUAAUUGGUGCAUGUUUUGGUAGAAUGUUGGGAUUGGUUGUACAAUGGCUUACCUUAGCACCAAAUGAUUGUGUGAUACCUGGUGUAUAUGCGAUGGUAGGAGCUGCUGCUGCUUUAGCUGGUGUGACUAGAAUGACAGUUUCUUUAACAGUAAUUAUGUUUGAAUUAACAGGUGCAUUAACAUAUGUGUUACCAAUAAUGACUUCAAUAAUGAUAUCUAAAUGGGUAGCAGAUGGAUUUGUUCAUCAUGGAAUUUAUAAUUUGUUGAUUGACUUGAAUGAACAUCCUUUUUUGGAUGCAAAUGCUGAAUAUAUUCAAGCAACAAAUACAUUUGAUUUGACACAAAAAGAUUUAGAAGUUAUUGAUGUUAAUGAUUUGAAUACUGUGGCAAUUUCAGGUUAUUCAGACACAGGAUUUCCAAUAAUAGAUAAUAAUAUGUUGGUAGGAUAUAUAGCAUCAACAGAAUUGGAACAUGCAUUAAAUGAUUUGCCACCAAAAUAUGAUGCUACAACAAGAUGUUAUUUCAAAGAACCUGAAUUUAGUGUUAUUCAAAAUCCUGAUAAAUCUGUGGAUUUUACUGUUUAUAUGGAUCAAGCUCCAUUAACUGUAUCAAAAAAUUCAUCAUUAGAAGUUAUAUUAGAAUUAUUUAAAAAAUUGGGAUUAAGAUAUGUUUGUGUGACUGAAAAUGGUCAAUAUGUUGGUGUUAUACACAAAAAAUGGUUACUAAGAUAUUUAAAGGAGAUGGAAGGAAAAAAAGAAGAUUAG